UAGACUCGAUUUGAAAACCAGGAACAAACUUUUUUUGUGCUCUCAAGCUCUGAACGAUGGAGCAAACUACUAGUGAAACCCCUCAAAAAACAUUUAGUUGCCAGUUGUGUGGUUUAACUAGCCCUUAUACUUACUACGGCCAGAAACCACCAAACACGAGAGCUAUUGUGCUGCUUGAGGAGUGUUUUGUGACCAAGGAUCCCUUCAGUCCGGACAAGGAGAAGUUUCUUGUUUUGGGGUCUACCUGCAGCCUUUGCAACCUGUGUGUCUGUGUCGGAUCGGACUGCAGUCUUUUCUACACCAAGAGGUUCUGCAUGCAGUGUGUGAACAAGCACUUGCACCAGUUCCCCCAUCAGAUUCAGUCUGAACUGGCCAAGAAGAAGCAGAGCUCCAAGGCUGCUGUCUCAUGACAUUGGGCAAGAUGUCCAUAACCUGCUCAGGUGCCUAGGAAAAAUAUCUGAAUAGCUGUUUUCAUUAAUUGUUUUUAUCAGCGCUUUUGAUUAAAUCCAUACUAAGCCAAACUAUAAAUACACAGUGCCGAAUAAAAAAACAUCCUCUACUUAAUUGGCAUCGCUCUAGGUUAUGAUAAUUUUGGUGGGAAAAUUAACACACAUCCAUUAGAAAAAUUCUUGUUUAUGCUUGUGGCCAGUACAUUAGCCCGCUGCAUUAGCUAACCAGGUUUUAUUUGUUUAAUGUAGGGUUUUAUAGAAGCGAACAGCAGGUGUGACUAGUGUUGCCAGACCCCUGUUGCAUUGUGUCUGCAGGCUCAGAAUUAAAAACGAUUCCCAGUUUAAAACCUCAUUGUCAUGUACUGCAUGUGGAUAGUUGCCCUGAAGUUCAUCUAAAUUUUCUGUUGCUGUCCAACUAUUUAGAGGUAUGACAACCUUUUUAAAAAAAUGUGCACAUUGCAACAAAAAAGAUUUGUCAAAUACAGAUGAACAGUAUUAGAAUUAGUGCUAUAAUAUAUUCAGUUAUUUCCACAAGGGUCAGUUCAGCUCAGUUCAGCAACUAUUCCAGGCUUCAACAAUAUUACAAGUAUGAAUGUAUGGCUCAAAAGAGAAAUAUGGAAGUAAUAGUAUUUCCAAAGACCAGUUGCUAGGCAGACCAGAUUCAUGUUUCCAUUGCUGUUGAAAUGGAAAGAAAUUAAUACACUUCUUACAGUUUUUCUUUACACUUGAUGAAUUAUGCCUGUCGCGCAAUUUUUUUAAUGCUCCUUUUUAUGAGAGAACUCAUUUUUAUUACUUUUCAGCGACAUAUGGUAUUAGUAACAUUUAUUACACAUCCUCUCUAACGAUAGACAUAUGUGUGUUGACAGUGACACAUCCUUUGCAAGAGUGCAUUACUGCUGUCCCUUUGAUUCCUUUGUUCAUGGUCAAAGGGUGAACUGUUGACUUCUGUGGAGUCAAAAAAUAUUUUUCUAUGUUAUCUAAAAACCAUUAAAAAAAAACAA